AUUUGUCGUAAUGAUAAUAUUCACUUAUGUUAAAAAAAAAAAACAUUUUAGUUUAUGUAUUUUCUUAUAUACAGUCUGUCUCUCUCUCUCUUUUUUCCCUUACUAACAAUUUUCGAUAUGACAAGAAGCACUCAUACAUAUGGGCUGUCCAAAAUCUUAAACAAAUCCAAUGACCAAAAAUGACAGUCAAAAACUAUUCUGAAAAAUCUUUUCACUUGCUCUAAAUAGUGACCUAAGAAAGAGAAAAUCAAUGUACUAAACUAAUUUUUCACAAAUUUUUAAAAGUAAUUAACCUUUUCUUUCCCAAAAAACCAUUCCAAUCUUAUUUUUUUCCAAAAUAAUUCAAUUCCCAAAAACAUAAAAAAGGAGAGUUUUUUUUCCCAAAAUCUCCAAAAUCUCCGAAACUGCCACCACCACCACCACCUUCUUCUUCCGUCUUUACACCCCUAUCCCGACCCCCACCCCCACCACCCCACAAAUUCUCUUCGACCCAUUAUUCCAAAUCAAAAUCCCUGAAAAACCCUAUAAGGGAUUCCAUUUUUUUUGACCAUUUGGUUGAGCAGUCGCAUGAAUUUGUUGAGAAUUUACUGAGAAUUUCGGUUCUUUGAAGGAGGAAAAAGAGAAAAAUGAAUAUUGUCAAGUUUCAAGUAUUUGACUCUGUUCCAGCAUAAGGUUUCGAAGAAGUUAGCGCGUGUCCAAUGGCAAAGCGCGUGUACCAAGUUUGGAAAGGAAGCAAUUAUUUUUUUAUAGGUGGCAGGUUGAUUUUUGGACCAGAUGCAAAGUCGUUGCUUAUCAGCUUAUUGCUUAUCAUAGUGCCUGUCACUGUUUUCUGUGUUUUCGUUGCAAGGCAUCUGCGCCAUGAGUUCUCAUCGUACAAUGCAGGAUAUGCUAUUUUGGCAGUAGCAAUUAUUUUCACCAUCCAUGUACUUGUGCUGCUGCUUCUUACAUCAGCUCGAGAUCCAGGUAUAGUUCCCCGUAAUUCUCAUCCACCAGAGGAAGAGUUCCGUCAUGACUUCUCCACAUCGGUAGAGGGUGGAAGACAAACGCCCAGCCUUCAGUUUCCCCGAACGAAAGAAGUAAUUGUUAAUGGGAUGCCAGUCAGAGUGAAAUAUUGUGAUACCUGCAUGCUAUAUCGCCCUCCACGUUGUUCACACUGCUCCAUCUGUAACAAUUGUGUGGAGCGAUUUGAUCACCACUGUCCAUGGGUGGGACAAUGCAUUGGUUUGCGUAACUACCGAUUUUUCUUUUGCUUCGUCUCUUCUGCUAUGCUGCUGUGCAUCUAUGUGUUUGCAAUAUGUGCUCUGUACAUCAAGGUGCUAAUGAAUGAUAAUCAAGGCACGGUCUGGAAGGCAAUGAAAGAGUCCCCAGCAUCCGUGAUUCUAAUGGCUUAUUGUUUUAUUUCUCUGUGGUUUGUUGGUGGACUCACUGGCUUUCACUUGUAUCUAAUAAGCACCAAUCAGACAACCUAUGAGAACUUCCGCUAUAAAUCAGAAAAUAGGAUCAAUGUGUAUGACCUUGGUUGUGUGAACAACUUCAUGGAAGUAUUUUGCACACAAGUGAAACCAUCUCGGAACAACUUUCGAGCUUUUGUACAAGAGGAAGAACCACGACCUCCUUUGCGCACUACCAGGGAAGCUGAAGUUGAAAUGGGAGAGGAUCAACGAGUGAAGGUAGAAGACGAUCUUGAUUUUGGUGGAGACCUUCUAAAAAUCUCACAGCGUCAUAAUAUUGAAGACAUCGAAGCAGAUAUACGGAGCCGAGGGAGUGAUGUGCACCAUCAUAAUUCGUCUGCGGCUGAUUCGGUUCUUGGGUCUGAUAGGCGAGCCCCCAAUGUGCAAGCAGAUAUACGAAACUCGAGCUGGGGAAGGAGAAGUGGGAGCUGGGAGAUCGCAUCAGAGGUCGUUGGCAUGAAAUCCAAUGUCACGGAAAGCAGGAGCCAUGUUGUUCCAAAGGAUCCAUAUCAAUGAUUAAGGAUGUUGUACAGUUGACGGGGAUGGGCCUAAUCUUGCGCUGCACUUGCUUUUGCUUUCUGGUUAGAAAAGGUGCCAUUGAUGGUAACAUGGAGCUAAAUGUAACUUACUACUGUAAGGUUAAAUCUGUACUAUACAUUAUGUUCUUUUCCCUUUGUCAUCACCAGUGGAUACUUAGCCUAAUAUAAAUAUUCUUUUGGGAAAAUUAGUGAAUAGGGGUGUGUGUAAUUUUUUGAAUGACAAGUAAAUUCCCUGUCUUGGCUUGCUGCUACUUCUAAUUCUGUUCCAAUUGCAGGACUAUUAGUUGA